GAACGAUUCAAAUAAAUAGCGUAAUAAAACCUUAGAAAGUCUUGCUUUAUACUGUUUUUAACAAACAAAAUGAUAAGCAGACUUUAAUGCUUUUUUUUAAUUGAAACGUGGCGUAUCUCCAAUUGGGGUGAAUACUCUGAUAAAAGUAUUUUUAAAAAUGAAAUCUUAAAGCUUAAAUGUGAAGCAUUUAUUUUCAGAUUGCAUUCAAUUUAUCCCAACACCUAAAGGGAAGAAAUUGCUGAUGUUGAAUGGAUACACUUUUUCUCAACACUUGAAUUCGUCAAAUUUCUAUUGCUCGAAAAAAGACCGAGGUUGCAGAUCACGUGUCAAGUUGGGAAAGGAUGGAAAUAUUGUUUUUGCAAACAUAAACCAUAUACAUAAUCCACCAGUUUAUAUUGUGUCUCCAUCGGGGCAGUACAUUAAAGUCAGCAAGAAAUAAAGAAUUGUGUUCUACUCUUAUAUCUUCUAUGGAAUUGGCAAAUAGAUUCACUGUUUAUCAGUUCACAUGGAAACAGGAAAGAGAAGUCCUGUUUGGAAUUACUUUGAGGAAUUACGAUAUAAGUCGGUGCGUUGCAAAUUAUGCGGAACGGUUAUGAAGAAAAACAUGAUUAGACAUUUAAGGAUAAAACAUCCGAGUUCCUUUGAUGAAAUGGAAGCAACUAGAAAAGCAACCACUUUUGCGGGUGUAAUAAAAGAGCAAAACAAACAGUCAGAAAGGAGGUGUUGGACAAAAAAGUAUUGCAGACGCGCUGGCGACAUGAUGUUCGCUUGUGUUAUCUGUGGUGUUGUUUUGCGAAUGCCCGACGGCUUGUUUAGCAACAUGAAGCGUCACAUUAAAAGCAAACAUCCAGAUGUUUAUAAAAGUGAAUCAGAGAUCGCUAAAAAAACGCUUUUGGAAUCACUAACGAAAGAAUGCUAUUGAAAAGAGAGAAUAUUUUAACAAUUUACUGUUUGUGUUGCGACUUCUUCAUGUAAUUUCAAUUAUAUCGACUAUAUCAUAUUAUUUGAAAUACUUGUACUUUUUCCCACCAUCUUUAAUAAAAUAUUUUUAUUAUUUAUACACGCGACCGACUACGAGACAUCAGGCCUGAAGAUUUAAAUUUAUUAUAUAUUAAUAUUAUAAAGAGGAAGAUUUUUCGUAUGUUUCUUUAUAAUGCAGUCUAGCUGACCCUUUGCUAGCAAUACACCCUGUCAGGUCGACCUCCACGCGUUUCCCCUGAAGAUCAUCAUCGUUAUUUCUAGUGGAAUUCUUCACGAUGGGCUAGCUGAUCUGCUUUCAUCGUCACCUAUCAUCCCUCACGGUUGUCUCAUCAGCGUAUAUCGAUAGCGCUGGCGGAUUUACCAUUUCAUUAUCAACAUUAAAAAAAACUCUUUUUUACAAGGUAUCUGAUAAUAAUAAACAUUCAUAGACUAGAUAGUGUCUAUGAAAUUGUUGUUAAAUUUAAAUUACAAUAAGGUGCUGCAUAAUACGAAUUCAAAGAUAAGUAAUAGCCUACUAUAAUAGCGAAUACCACUAGAACGGUGUAAAAGCGGAGUUGCUUCUUAAGCGAGCGAAUUGGGAAAAUGUCAAGCUACCUUAGUUCGUAAAUAGUAUAAUAAAUAAAUAAAACAGCAAUUUUUAGUGAGAAAUUAAUGAUUUUGAUUAAGUGUUAAAGCUUUAUAAGGUUUUUUAUAAUAAAACAAUUUUAACAUGUCUAUGAUAUGACUAUAGUUCCUAUAAGUGUAGUUAGAUGUAUUUAUCGACUGUUGCUAAAAUAACUUAUUGUGAAUAUUAUAUUUUUUUAUAUUAGGUGAUAUUUCAAAGCAAACGAUGUUACCAAUUUAUGAUAUUUUGGCAUAUUUUAAAUGUCUAUUUAUUCUUUAUUGUACUCAGAAUUUUAUUUGUUUGUUAAAUACAAUUAUUGUUAUUUUAUUAUUAAGUAUGGGGUAAGUUGUUAUGUGUGCCAUAAAAAGUAUUUAUAAUAUUGUAAGCUGAGACAAACUUUACAAUUAAAUAAUAUCUGUGGUAUUUUGGUUAGCUGCAAAUUGUAUGUAAUAUGUACAUUUAUUGAAAAAAGAAAUAUGUUAAAUAGAACCUAUACACAAUAUUUCAAAUCUUUUUCGCCUUUUGCAGUAUUCUAUAAAUGCUGCAAGUAAACUUCACAUAUGAUUUUUAUGUGUUAAAUAUUUUCUUAUUUAUAUGCUUAAAUAUAGUGUUUUUUUUUUAUAAAUUAUAUUUCAUUUUGUUAAAUUUUAGAAAUUAAUCUGUACAUUAAAAUUUAGUUAUAAUGUAUUAUUAGUGUAAACUAACCU